AUGCCAACCAUGUUCUCAAGUCGAUUAUUAACAUCAUCAACAGAUCCUGUUCCAAAGCAACCACCUCGAUCCUCUUUAUCCUCGGUCGAAUACGGUCAGCCCUUUUUUGCAGCUCGAUCCAAACGCAAACACCAGUCAACAGCCAGGAUGUUGGGAGGAGGGAAGACUCUGGCCCCCCCAAGCGGUACCAGGUUGCGAGACCGCCUCAGCGCGAGCUUUUCCUCUUCACCCUUCUCAUCACCACCUCCCUCUGUUCAAAUCACACCUUCUUCCACCCCACUAGCCGGAACGAGCGGUAGCCCCUCCAGCAACGGUGCAAACCCUCAAGAGGAAGACGCCAUUCUGUUUCCCAAAGUGUACCAAGAUGCCUGGGGAGCUGAAGAUGUCUCCCGGUCGGAUAUCGACCGAGCCCGCAUCUUCCUCCUCCGAAUCGUCUCAAUGAGUGGCGACACUACCGCCAUCGACAAGCUGAGAGCUAUCCUUGCCGACCCUUCUUACAACAGGACCGUUCCCGCUCUCGCCUAUGCCGUCCAGACUCUACUCUACCGCAACCGCCAUGCGUCCUUUACCGUCACCCCGCUGCUCCAAGCCGUCCGGUACAUGCUCCUCAAAGCUCGCGUGCCCGAGAACCCGUACGCAGACCGUGCCCGAGCCGUGCUAGAUUUCUUUUUCGACCCCGCCCUCCAAAGAAACCUCUCCCCGCUGCCGCCCGGAGAGCUGAUCAGGAUGCUGUACCCUUCCGGUCGACUCAAGGUGUGCAUCAUCGGCGGCGGACCCACCGGCCUAGCAUCCGCGAUAUCCCUCGCCGAGCGCGGCAGGGGCAAAGUCGAAGUCCACGUCUGGGAAAGGAGAUGGAUCAUCACCCCCGAAGGAAAGGUUGACUACCCUGCCACGGCCAAGAGAAGAGACCAGGUCGUGACACUCCAGGACACCGUCACCAAUCUUCUGUCGCCAAGGUCGUAUGAGGCUCUGUUCGCGGGCAGGCCGGAAAGAGUCUGGCCAGGGAGCGCCAAUAUCCAAAUCAGAAAGGUGGAGGAUCGGUUUCUCAAGCAUUGCCAGACGGAGGAGUUUUCCGGGUUGAUUCACUUGCAUGCUGAGGGUGUGACUAGGGAGGAGCUGGCAGCUGGGAAGUGCGGUGAUUUCCACGUGCUGUUGGGUACCGAUGGCGCGGCGUCGUGGGUUAGAAAGAGUUAUUUUGAUGGGUACGAGACAGAAAGGGGAAAGAGUUAUGCUCUGGGCUUGGCCUUUGACAGGGGCGCGAGAAAUGGGCUUCCGUGGAGCCAACCCCUGAAUAUGUUUUUGACGUUGGGACAGACGAGGUAUUUGCUCAACGCUAGCGAUUAUGACGGGAGAGGCUACCUCAACAUGCAACUGACCGAGGAGGAGUGGCACAAGAUGGUCAGCGUCGACGGACAACCGAUUCACUUUGGCCGUCCGGCUUGUCUGAGAAGACUUGAUGGAAGCAUCCCCGAGGGCUUCGAUGAGGGCAGGGUGUUUGCCCCUUCAGAGGACCGAAACUCGCCGUUGUGGAAAGCGGUUGAAGAUGGACUCAAGCUGUUCGGGUUCAAGGAGAGCGAGGUGAUCAACGUGGUGCGGAUUCCCAUCGUGGUCCAAGCGGUGAGAGAAGGCGUCCAUAUGUUGCCGCUGUCAGACUCGUCAUCAGUCACAAGGCCUCACGCUCUUGUUGCUGUAGCAGGCGACGCAGCCAUGACUGUGCACUUUUGGCCAGGUCGUGGGUUGAACAGCGGCAUCAAGGCUGGUAUCGCUCUUGGUGAUGAAAUUUGCCAUGCGCUGAGAGGUGGCAAAUUUGCUGGCUUGGAGCUGAAGGCCAUGAAGGAGUACAACGACUUCAUCAUGAAACUCCAGAAUCGGGAACACGACAAGCGGAGUAUCCCUAUCCUGAAUCUGUCAGGUUCGCCCGAGAUGUUGGGUUGGCUGUUGGACAAGGCCAGGUCUGUUCCUGACGAGGUUGCUAUUGAGUGGUUGGUAGGAGCCAUGGUACAGAUUGCUAGCCGUCUUGAGCAACGUCGCGACUGGCACUUCCCUCCCGAGGCAAACAUCGAACCACAGAUCCGCAUCGUUCUUCGGCAGCUUCACAGCCAGACCCUUCGUGAGAUGGCUGUCAGUUUCCCCUGGCCGACUCGCGAAAUGACAGGCGCCGAGGUUCUCCCCAUUCGCUCGACUAAACCCAUGGAGAAAGUCGCCUGGCUCGAAAGCGUUUGGAAGUUGCUGGACAGAGACAGUCGAAAGAAGGACGCCUCUCGAGGAGCCUCCCCCGGACCGGCAAACUUGUACGAGAAUAUGAGGAUGAACGCACAAAGAUCGAAAUCGCCAAUGAGGGGAAGGGACCUCAGCCCACAGCGGUCACUGUCGCCCCCGGGUGAGAUGGGGAAUAUGGCUGCCCAGAUGGAAGGUCUGAGCAUGAACGGCGGCCUUGGGAUCACCAAUUCCAGUGGUAACGUGCAGCGAUCUGCAGGCACUUUGAGCAGGCGAAGUGCCGUGAAAGAGAGGGUGCUGCCAUCGCCUGUCUCAUCAGUGAGUUCUAAUGACCGCUGGAGGCAUCCAAAUCUGUCCCAGAAUCUGGAUGUGCCUUGUAUGGGUGGCAAUGGAGACAGAUAUCAGUCUCCUGCUAGGCGUUCGAGGUCACCGGGCCCAAUCGCUGUCAGCCCAGUGUCACCAGACCCCGCCAUCAACUUGACGAGAAUGUUGAGCGUCAAGCGGCCUCCUGGGUCAAUGUUUUCGGAUGCUAUGGCACUAGCGUUGUUUAGGGUCGAUGAUGAUGGUCGUAUUCAAGAUGUUGCUGCUCGAUAA